AUGAUGGCACUUGCCGCUCCCGCGCUCAACGAUCGCAAGCGCGUCAAGGUCUAUGAGCUCAAGAACAAUGACUGGUAUGACCGCGGCACUGGUUUCUGCGCCGGUCAGGUCUUGGACAAUGACGAGGCGCGCAUCUUUGUGCAGUCCGAAGACGAUGCGCAACGCAUGCUGCUCGAAACUCGAAUCUCGCGCGAUGAUGGCUAUCAGAGACAACAGGACACACUGAUAGUAUGGACCGAACCGAGUGGCAUCGACAUGGCACUAAGUUUUCAAGAAGCGGAUGGAUGCGCUCAAAUCUGGGAGUUCAUUACCGAUAUCCAGCAACGCAUGCUCGCUCUGCAUCCCAAUGAAUACGACGGUCUGUCUGACGAGCUGGUUGAUGGACAGGGUCUGCUGCUUCCUAUGCCCGAACUGGCCAACCUACACCAAGUACAAGAAACAAUGCGCGCAGCCAGCCAGACAACCCAUGGGAGAGACGCCCUUGUCAAGUUCGUCAUGGCCCCCGAGACACAGUACCUUUCGAAACUGCUACCACUGGUCGAGCUCGCUGAGCACGUCGAAGACAUACAAGCUUUGCACCGCCUAUGCACAAUCAUGAAGACCCUCAUUCUGCUGAACGACACGUCCAUCAUAGAGCUGACAGUCUCGGAUCAUGCCAUUUUGGGUGUCGUGGGUGCCCUCGAGUAUGAUCCAGACUUUCCCAGUCAUAAAGCCAACCACCGCCACUAUCUGGCCGACGGAUCUCGCUUCAAGGAGGUUGUCGCCAUCGACAAUCCAGUCAUCAAAAACAAGAUCCACGCCACAUACCGCUUACAAUACCUCAAGGACGUGGUCUUGGCACGCAUUCUUGACGAUCCCACCUUCACCGUGCUCAACUCGCUUAUCUUCUACAACCAGGUCGAUAUUGUUAACCACAUUCAGUCCAGCAAAGAUUUUAUCCAGGAGCUCUUUACCAUCUUCACGACCCCCGAUUCAGACGACCAGCGCAAGAAAGACGCCGUACACUUCAUUCAGACGUGCUGUUCAGUCGCCAAAAGCAUCCAAGCACAGUCGCGUGCUCACCUCUUCCAAAACUUCAUACACGGUGGUCUCCUGGAAGUAGUAACUUAUGCUUUGCGCCAUCACCAAGCCUCUGUUCGUGUUGCUGGCACGGAUAUUCUUGUCGCGCUCAUCGACCAUGAUCCGGUCAUGAUGCGUUCUCAUAUUUUCCGUUCCAUCAAUCAAAAGACCAAGCCACUCACAGACACAUUGAUCGAACUUUUGCUGGUUGAAGUCGACCUAGGCGUCAAAGCCCAGAUGGCUGACGCGAUAAAAGUGCUCCUUGAUCCUCAUGCGAGCUCAACUUCCAUGGACAUGCUCGGCCGGACUAAUGGAGAUUUCAUGGCAAAGAUGAGAGGCGCGAAUCCCAAUUCAAGCGCUCAAAUGGAGAGCUUUGUAGAUAAAUUUUACAAUGACGGCGCGAAACGUCUCUUCCAGCCUUUGAAGGAUCUCGAGCACAGCCAAAACCUACACACUUUAUCUGUACAGGAAGCUUCUCUUUUCGUCCACUUGGUCGAAAUUUUGUGCUUCUUCAUUCGUCAACAUAAUUUCCGAAGUAAAUAUUACAUUCUUGCAGAAAGCUUACACUGCCGCAUCGCCCAGCUGCUAUCCUGCCCUCAGAAGCAUCUGAAGCUAACGGCUCUCAAAUGGUUCCGAACAUGUGUUGGCCUCAACGACGAACACCACAACAAAGACUUGAUCACCAAGGGGGUUUUCGAUCCAAUACUCGAUAUUGUUUACCAGACAAUGCCUCGUGACAACCUUCUCAACUCAGCGUCUCUCGAGCUCUUCGAGUUUAUCAAGCGCGAGAAUCUCAAGCAAUUGAUCAUACCCCUAGUCGAAGGGUAUCGUGAGAAGUUGCUUGGUAUAACCUAUGUCAACACAUUUGGAGCUCUCGUGUUGAAGUACGAGCAAAUACAAAGUGGAUAUAAUCCCGACGAAACCAGUUUCUCUACCCAAGGUGGAGAUACACCGAACAGAAGUCUUGCUGCUGGUGGCCAGCGGUGGCAAGGACUCAAAGACGCAGAUGCGGAGGAGGAAGCCUACUUCAAUGCCAAUUCAGACGAAGAAACGGAAGACGAGGGCCCGUCUUCACUACCAGAGACGACAGCUGCGAAAAUUGCCGAAGGCGGCCCUCCAGUUCGACCGCUCGUAUCUUAUCCAGAAGAUGAGGACGAAGACACGAUGGAACUGCUCGCAGCAUCACCAGGGGCACCGGGCGAAAAGAAGGAGUCCAGCGUCGAAUCCACAACGCCGGAGACAUUAGGAUCGCCACAGUCAAUCGUACCGGAAAAGCGGCGACGUGAAGACGACGAUGAAGACGAUCUGGAGAAACUGGUAGGCGCAGUCCCGGCGAAGCGUCGAAGCUCAGUCAGCAGCAUAGGCAGUGUGCGUAGCGAUAUGUCGGCCGCAAACUUGGAUUCGCCUACUAGUACUCAACAGCCAAACGGUACAGGAAUGCCCAUGCUGAGGAGGAAAGGGAGCCUACGUAGCAAGGACGGCAGCCCGGGCCCGCAAAAAGGAAUCAGCAUAGGGCCUAUCUCGCUUUCCUUGUCAGGGAAGACGGGCAACGAAGAAAGUGGCGGAUAA